AAUAAUUCAAAAUACUGACAUGAUGGUAAAUGGUUGAGAUUCAAUGAAUUCACUAUUGCAAAUAAUGUGUUUCAAAAAACUUGUGGACGUUGUGCAGUCUUGGUUUAUUUGUUUAUUGAUUUUUGAAUUACAAAGUGACAAGUGACAACAGUAUAUCGUUGGAUUUUCAAGCAGCACCUGUACGAAUAUUUAUAAAACGAAGAUGUUUGAAUCGUUUAAUAGUUCUCCAAGUAACGUACCGUCAGAAGCAUUCAAAUCUUCGACUUGUUCAUUAUUCGUUUUAAUUUCUCUCUGUUAAGGUGGUCAUUCUACCUUUCUACCGUAGAAUGAUGACUUUGGCAAGAUUAGUUUUUCUUCUUUUUUGGUUAGCAUGUAUUGUAUGCACAGAAAACUCAACUAAUGACACUAACGCUGGAAUUCGACCAUACGUAGUAGGAGGUGGUGAUGCCGGUCCAACCCCAUACCAAGCGUCUCUUCAACGGUCUGGACAUUAUUGCGGCGGUGCCAUCAUUGAUCGCCUAUGGAUCCUAACGGCUGCUCACUGCUUAACUGAUCUGACUCCAGGCGAAAUGACGGUAGUUGUGGGAACAACCCAGUUGAGCAGGGGAGGUUUGCGGUACCAAGUGAACAAACUGAUUCAACAUCCAGACUAUGACAGGAGAAGGAUGGCCAACGACAUAGGGCUGGUUAGAAUAUGGGGAUUUUUCGUAUGGCUGCCGACGUUGAUUGAAAAGAUUGGUUUUUCUGAAGAGUAUGUGACCAACGGAAAAGAAGCAAUACUGUCCGGUUGGGGAGGUCUACAGCAGAAUGGAGCGCCGCUUUCCGAUAAGUUGCAAUUUGUUCGGCUGCGUGUGCUUGGUGAGAAACAGUGCAAAGAGAAACUGAACUUCAUUGGCACCGAACAUAUCUGUACUUUCACCAUGGAAGGAGAGGGAAUUUGCUCGGGAGACUCCGGUAGUCCGCUGGUUAGCGAAGGUAACGCUAUCGGAAUUGCCAGCUUCGGGGUAGGUUACUCUCCUCAGAAACGGUGCGCCGUUGGGAUGCCGGAUGGAUUUACCAGAGUGUCUUAUUACUAUGAUUGGAUUAAGCAUACUACACAGCGCAAUUUAUUAGAUAUUUUUUUCGGAUGAGAAAUAAUUGAACACACAACUUUUUUUUUCUCACACUUGAAAGCAACUUCAUGUUCGUUUGAUUUACUGUUAAAAUACUGAUGUUGAUAAUUUCACUGGCAUCACA